GCAUGCACUAGAGUAUCGCGCGCGCUCACGACGCUACCGUCUGCUUACGUAUAGAAAGCACCUUAUUGAAAACGAAUACGAGUGAUAUAUAAAUAUAUAUUUUUUAAUAUGAUUAGUGAAAUAUAUGUAUAAAUAAAUUUGUUUGACAUGGCGAAAUCGACAAUUUUAAUCCGAAAAUCUUUAUUCCCUUCAACGACGAGACGGCACAUCAGCUCGUCUUCUCGAAGGUCCUCUACAUCACCGCAACGAUAUAAACCGGCUGCUGCACCAGCAGUCGCCCAAUAUCUGAAACCAUUCUCAGAUAUACCGGGACCUAUUGCAUUGCCUAUGCUGAGACAUUCUGCCCAUGUACUUCCAAGGAUUGGUAACUUCCACCACACUGUUGGCCUGGGUCUCCUAGAAGGUCUGCGUGAUAAAUAUGGAAACUUGGUGCGACUAGCGAAAGCAUCCAGAACACGACCAGUGCUGUUUGUCUUCGAUCCAGAAAUGAUGAGAGAGGUGUAUGAGAGUAAUGUAACGGAGCCACCGCGCUGGAAACGAUCGCCACUCAGUGAACACAGAAUCGCUGCCAGCUCCUGUCCUAUAACUGGGGACGAAACCAAAGCAAUAUGGAUUGCAAUACAAACACUACUACAAGAUGGCGCAUUGUUAGAAUGUUACGACAAAGUAUUCGACGAGAUAUCCGCAGAGGCUACACGAAGAUUGGGUGCACUUCGCCACGCAGAAAACUCGCUAAAUGAUGAAUUGGAGACCGAAAUAUAUAGAUGGGCGCUAGAGACUAUCGGAAUGAUGAUGUUUGGCAUGAGACUAGGGUGUUUGGACGGAGAGACACAUGUACCAACUACUGAAAAUAGAUCCUCCGACAAAAUCUCAAUGGAUGAUGAUUCUCCAAGCGUCUGUUCUCUAUCAAAACGUAGCCUCCAAGAACUCACUCCUGCUGAACGUCUUGUUAGAACAUCCAGAGAAAUUGCGGACAAUAGUUACCUAGUUCGGAGUGAGAAAACCCUUAAGACUGAUUCAGAAACUUUCAACAAUGCUUUGAAGGCUUUUGACAGGCAAAUUAGCCUAACGGAACAUUUCCUUACACAAGCUCUGAAGAACUUAAAUUCCGGAGUCUUGAAACCGGAACAAGUUCUAUUGAACAAACUUCGUCCAUUAGAUAUGCGAAUACUACCAAUAGCCUCCGAUAUGUUGCUCGCUGGCAUCGGUCCCCUCGUUCACACAGCUAUCAGUAUGUUCUACCAACUGUCCCUCCACGCUGCACAACAACAGCGCGCUCACGAUGAAGUGGCGUGGUCAGCAGCAUCCAAAGAUGCUGGGGCCGGAUCUCCAGAGCUGCCAUACGUUGCUGCCUGCACUAGAGAAGCUUUGAGGCUACAUCCAGCUACUGGUGGAGUAGUAAGACGGAGUAGCGAUAGUUUAUCCGUCGCUGGCUAUGAAAUACCUGCUGGGGUGGAUAUAGUAUUAGCGCACGGCGUCACAAGCAAAUCUGACAAACAAUGGGGUAGAGCGAAGGCGUUCAUACCAGAACGCUGGUGCAGCGAAGGAUGGGAACCUUUAAGGGCUUCUAAAGCCCAUCCCUUAGCUUCAUUCCCAUUUGGAGAAGCUUGCCCUGCGACGGGGGUAGUCGGCAAAAUGUUAGGUUCAUUAGCAACUAGGGUUCUAGAUAAAUACAGACUGGAGUGGCACGGUCCUGCGCCAAAUAUGGCCACAACCGGUGUCAAUAGAUUGCAGCCGCCUUUUUAUUUCGUGUUGCAAAACGCUGCUUGAACGCUGUGAUAUUUUUAGCAUUACCUGUUUUUAUACUGAUAGAUACUUGUAGGUACCUGUUUUAGUUUCAUGAAAUGUCUUAUAUAUUACUUCGUUCUUGCUAUGAAUGUGUGUUAAUUUGAACGUAUUAUAUUCGGAACAACAAUAGUUUUCUUAGAACGAAAGGUUGUUUGAAUCAAUAUAUUUACGCAGUAGACUUUGUAAAAUACCGUCUGCAUGGGUACCACAAUAUCAUUUGUUUCAGCUGCCAAAAGCAGCUUUGCUUUGAAAAUAAUGUUUUACUCUAAACAUUAUAAGAUAAAAUAAGAUUAGAAUGUGAAAUUCCAAAAUAAGAGAAAUUCCAAAAUAAUACUGUUCAUGGUUGAC